CACGUGGUUAUAGCAAUAUGGCAGCUCCCCGAAUCGUCGUUUAGUGUUGUUCCUGAAGCGUCAGAAAGUAACGUAUCACUCACAAUAUACUAAAACUUAAAUCUGUAAUAAAGGGAGAGCCGCUCUAACUUUUAGGCUAUUGUAGUCAAAACCGUCUGUUCUGGUUCUGUUUUGAUGCAUCGCGUUUGUGUUUGUAAAAUAUAAAGUCUGUUUACUGUGUUUCUGACAGUGAUGCGAGAGUAUCGCAGUCAAAUUAAUUAUAUUACUUCUUUGUAAGCAGAUAUGGCAGAUUCUAGUAGCAGCACAGUGAGUGAAGCAGCACCUCCAAAGGAGUGUGACGCCACUGACUUCACAGAUGACGUCAGCGGUACCUCUGACCCCAGCAUGUAUGGUUACAUCAAGCAAGACCUCUUUACGUCAGAGAUCUUUAAAGUGGAGAUCCAAAACCUUCCCAGGUUCAUCGGCUUCAACGACAUGAAGAAGUUUUUGGCCAAGCAUGGCCUCAACCCGCACAAAGUCAAGCUGUUCAGCAGGUUUGCCUUUGUCACCUUUAAGAAUGAAGAGGAUCGCGAUAAGGCCAUGAAGAUGGUGCACGGGAUGCAGUGGAAGGGCCAUGUGUUGAGCGUCAGGCUGGCUAAGCCCAAAGCAGACCCCAUCCAGAGGAAGAGGAAGCAAGAGGAAGGAGAAGGAGCCGGAGGACAGCCUCCUUCCAAGCGAGCAGAAGGUGAGGAGGAGGAGGAACUGAGUGUCCAGAUCGCCAACGUGGUGACUCCCCUGUGGAAUGUGCCUUAUGAGGAGCAGCUAAAGAGGAAGGAGCAGGAGGCGGUGGCGGUUCUGCAGAGGUUGGCAAAAGAGAUUGGCAGCACCAACAAAGCUAUGAUGCCCUGGCUUUUUGACAUGAAAGGAAAACACAACAAAAUGUGUUGUCCACUUGAAACCAUUCGCCCAUCUCCUACACAGACGAACUACAGAAACAAGUGUGAGUUCCUUGUCUCCAUGGGCGCGGACGGGGAAGAUAAGACUGUUGGUUUCCGCCUGGGAAAAUACAAAGGAGGCUCCUGUGCUGUGGUGGGCCCAGCGGACGCGUGCCAUGUUUCAGCCGAGGCCAAGAAAGUUGCCCAUGAGUUUCAGAAAUUCAUCAGGUCAACACCGUACACCGUCUACAGCCCUGAAACUUAUGAAGGACACUGGAAGCAGCUGACUGUUCGGACCACCAGGACCAAACAAGCCAUGGCGAUGGCAUUCUUCAACCCACAGAAACUUGAGGAAACAGAACUGGAUGUGUUGAAGAGCUCCAUGAAGAAGUACUUCACAGAUGGAGAGGGCAAAGACAGUGGCAUCACUUCCUUUUACUUUGUCAGAGAGGGCCAAAGACAAUCUCCUAAUGCUGAAGACUUGCCGUGUGAGCUGGUGGUAGGAGAUGGAUGCAUUUACGAGGAACUCCUCGGUUUAAAAUUCAGAAUAUCUCCUCAUUCUUUCUUUCAGGUGAAUACUGCCGGAGCAGAGGUUCUGUACUCUGCAGUGGGGGAAUGGGCCCAACUGGAUCAGGACAGCACAGUGUUGGAUGUGUGCUGUGGGACCGGGACUAUUGGCAUCUCUCUGGCUAAGAGGGUCAAGAAGGUUAUUGGAAUUGAGCUGUGCCAGGCGGCAGUGGAGGAUGCGAAAGUUAACACAAAACUGAACGGUCUUACAAAUGUCGAGUUUCACUGCGGGAAAGCUGAAGAUGUGUUCCCCAAUAUUGUCAGUGCUCUUGUGUCACCCAACAUCACAGCCAUUGUGGAUCCACCAAGGGCGGGACUACAUUCCAAGGUGAUACUAGCCAUCAGAAGAGCAGAGCAUCUCAAGAGGCUGAUUUAUGUGGCAUGCAAUGCCAAGGCAGCCAUGAACAACUUCAUUGACCUGUGCAGAGCCCCUUCCAACAGAGUUCACGGAGCGCCGUUCCGCCCUGUUCGAGCCAUGGCUGUGGAUAUGUUUCCUCAGACAAUGCACUUCGAGAUGGUUCUUCUCUUUGAGAGGGAAGGCAACUCUCAGCAGCAGAGCAAUAAUCAGGAAGAAACAGUACCAGUAUGUUCACCUUAGAAGCCUUUGCAAAGGUAAUACUCUGACGACACACUGUCCAAUGCGGCAUUGAACAAUAACUGUUAAUGUUCUGUUGACUGUGGAUUUAAGUCUUUUUUUUAUGAUUUCAAAUUGAAUCCUUUUCCACCCCUUAAAAGGUUCUAAAUGGAAGUUCUUCCCCCAUACUCAAUGUUAGGCUGCAUAUCUCUCUUGGAAUAAAACUUCAGUUAUUUCAAAACUACAC